GCUGGUUUGCAGCCAUCAGAAUUCAACGGACGGCGCAGUUUGUGAUGCGAAUGGUCCAGGCGUAAUGGCGACUGCUGAAACAGCAGACUCGGGAUCAACAGUCCCGACAGGGGCCAACAGCAUUCGGAAAAUGGCCCCUGCAGAGUUGCCCGGGUCUUCAGGCACAACUCAAAGUAUGAAGAAGACCAUUGGGCACCGGGGUGUUGAGACGACCACCGGAGAGACCACAUACAAAAAGACCACGUCAUCUGCCCUAAAGGGUGCAAUCCAAUUGGGCAUUGCUCACACAGUUGGCAGCCUGAGCCAAAAGGCAGAAAGAGAUGUUCUUAUGCAGGACUUUGUGGUGGUUGAAAGCAUCUUCUUCCCCAGCGAAGGAAGUAACCUAACUCCUGCUCAUCACUACAGCGACUUUCGCUUUAAGACCUACGCUCCUAUCGCUUUCCGUUACUUCAGAGAAAUGUUUGGCAUUCGGCCAGAUGACUACCUGUAUUCCCUGUGCAAUGAGCCACUGAUCGAGCUGUCGAACCCAGGAGCCAGUGGGUCCAUCUUCUACGUCUCUAGUGACGAUGAGUUUAUCAUCAAGACAGUCCAACACAAAGAGGCAGAAUUCCUUCAGAAGCUCCUACCAGGUUACUUCAUGAAUAUAAACCAAAACAAGCGCACCCUGCUGCCUAAAUUCUACGGACUUUACUGCGUUCAGGCCGGGGGGAAGAACAUCCGCAUUGUUGUGAUGAAUAACCUUCUGCCCCGGAUCAUCCCCAUGCACUUCAAAUACGACUUGAAGGGCUCCACCUAUAAGAGGCGAGCUUCUCCUAAGGAAAGAGAAAAGGCUGUUCCUACUUACAAAGACCUGGAUUUUAUCCAGGACAUGCCUGAUGGCCUGCUGCUAGAGGCAGAUAACUACAAUGCCCUGUGCAAGACUAUUCAGAGGGACUGCUUGCUUCUGCAGAGUUUCAAGAUCAUGGACUACAGUUUGUUGAUGGGAAUCCACAACAUGGACCAAGCAUGUCGAGAGCGGGAGCGUAGUGGAGGCUAUUCAGGGGACAGCGUGGCAUUGGAGGGGCCGGUGACUCCAGAUCAGCGUCGGCCACAAGCCCAGAAAAGUUUGUACUGUACGGCCAUGGAGUCCAUCCAGGGGGAAGCUCGAGGAAAGGGAGCUCUGGAUUCAGAAGACCAUGUGGGAGGUAUUCCAGCUCGCAAUGUAAAAGGAGAGAGGUUGCUCAUCUACAUUGGCAUCAUUGACAUUCUCCAGUCCUACAGGUUUAUUAAGAAGUUGGAACACUCCUGGAAAGCACUGGUCCAUGAUGGGGACACUGUUUCAGUUCACAGACCUGGUUUCUAUGCAGAGCGCUUCCAGCACUUUAUGUGCAACACUGUUUUCAAGAAAAUUCCACUUAAGCCGUCACCCUCUAAGAAGAGUCGUGGUGGAGGUCAAGGAGGACUUAGAAGAGCCCCCACUUUGGGGGGUCCCACUUCACUCUCCCACACAGCGGGACAGUCUGUUGGUGACUCCAGACUAGUCUAUCACAGCCAUUUUAAAAGCACAGAGUCAGAGGCUGACAGUGGUGUUCAGUCAGACAAACCAGAUCUGGUUCCUAGGACGCCCCCACCAGCAGACAACCCUGCUGACGCUGAGGCCAAUCUGUCUAUCUCAUCGCUAGGCAGCACAGGAGUAGGCUCUACCUCUCCUCCACUACGGUCUGUUGGGGUAGAAGUGCACAAAUCAGCAAACACAGACCAUGACCAGGGAACCUCCCUCAGUUUGGGGGCGGAAGGGGCUGCUGAUAAUUCAACCAACCUGUCUGGAAAUGAAGAGGUAGUUUCUCUCUCCGAUAUCAUCCCAGAGACUAACAUCUGUUUUUGAGAAAGAACAACAACAAAAAAACAAACCUGGCCACAUCUAUGAAGAUGAGACCCGUCCGGAUGCGAUGAGGUGGUUGGAAGUAAGAACAACGUGAAUGAAAGUCACCUGUCCAAGGCAACCCCUUCAUAGCACCUGUUAUUUACUCACCUUUCAGUGUAGACUGGAGCUGCUCUGUGAACAACAACAGAGGGCAGAAACAAAAAGACAGGAAGUGGUAGGCUUCAGGCUUCACAAGCCAUCACCUCUGCAACUGUGUGCUCACGUUUGCCCAUAGUCGUCCCAGAGAAACAGCUUCAUUACAGCUGCAGCAGAAUCACAUAGCCUAAGCACAGAUGUUCCUUCAUGCAUGUUAGCUGCAAUGACCUGUUGCACAAAAUAAUCAUUUGUGAAUUGUAAUGCGGCGAGUCCUCCUGUCUGCUGUAGACAGGAUGAAGAGAUGUGAUUGGGCAGAUAAUUCAGCAGAAGCACACUGAGCUCAGGACACAUGAAGGACAAAUAUGGAUUGAUGAGGUUUAAAUAGCUUCUCAGUGAGUUAUAUUACAUCCUCUGUACCUCUGAUCUGUAGGGACACUCUAAACUGACAAAGUAGGUAAUAGAAAUCAUUCAAUCAACACUUGCUGCUCGACUCAACAAUCUUCCCUAAUGUUAUCUGUAUACAGUAUUUGUAUGGAAUCAGAUUUAGAGGGUGCAGCUGGAUGGGUUGAACCAAACCUGAGGACAUAGUUUUGUUUCAUGUUUUAAAUUAUUCUUGUAGAAGCCUCAGUUCCUACCUAGAUCAUUGCCACUGAUGAAUGUAAUUUUACAUUCUCCUGAAGUAGAAUGUGUCUUUCUAAAACAACGGCCACAUCUUUACCACCCUGAAAAUCCGUCCCCGUCUUAUGUGGCCGUGUAUGCUGAAGUAUGAACGAGAACAGAGCAACGCGUUCACAGCAUUGCUUGAUAGGAGAUGCUGGUAAAUAAGAGUUGUAGUUGUUUUUUAAGUUAUUGUUUGUCCUGUCUGUGCCUUGUGUGUUUCUCUUUUAUUGUUUUUAUGUAUAGCUGACGUUUAUGAAGGUUAGUGCUGUAGUUGCACAUAGAACCUGCCUUAUCACUACUGCUGGUGUUAAACUACCAUCUCUAUGUCCCAACUAACCAGUCAGUUGUGAAGGUUUACAAGAGUUUCAGAUUUUAAUACAAACACUAACACCAGUUCCCAGUGUGGUUGAUGUGUUUCCUCCUAACUUCAAACAGUAAUGCCAUUUGUGCUGGUUACAGAAAGGACAUCUGUCCACAGUGAAACUUGGACCAAUGUUGCUAACCGUGGGUUUAAAGGGGUUGUUUAACUUUUCUUUUUAAAUGAGAUUCUCUUAAAAGGUUAUUAAAAGUGAAUAUCUUACCUUCAGUCGACAAAUGCCUUUGCAUCUUUAUUUAGUAUAAAUCCAGUCGGUCCUGGAGGUUAAAGCUAACUGCUUGUCUGAGAUGCCCCAAGAUCCAAAAGAGGAUUUUUUAAAAUGUCUUAAAAUAGCUAGAGUCUACAUAACAGUCCCUUUUAAACAGAAAAAAUGUUUUUGUUGACCAGGGACUGUUGGGUAGGGUUUUGUGGAGUCCAAAGCAGUUUGAAUUGGUUUUAUUUUUUCAGUCACAUUAGUUUAUACUCAUCUACAACUCAUAGUUUCUGUUACCUUUAAAUUGUAAUAGAGUUUUAGUAACUCUAUCACUGCCUGUUGUCAGAUGGGGAUGAAACGGAAAUAACUCAUCUAGUCUGAGUAAAAUUCAAGGGUUUUAAACCCUGUUUAUGUUCUGAGGCACAAAUAGAAACAACCCAAACUCCUGGGCAAAUGCUACAUUAAAUAUAUUGGAAAUUUGAAUAUAUCACAUACAUUAUAACUGUACAAGGUUAGGUAUUUUCGGUACAAAUUAGCCAAAUUACCUUCUAAAUACUUGAAUUAAAAUGUAAAUUAGCAAAUUGGGCAUACGUUCAACCACUAAAUGGUGGCAAAGUGCUUCCGAUAAGCUGCUUGGUAUGUAUGGAAUAUGGAUCAACCAGCAGUAGUGGGACACAUGUGCCACCUUGGCCACAUUGAAACUAGAACAAGGGGUAAAUAAAUCAACAGCUCGGUCUCCUCUCCUCUUUUCAUGCUUGAAAAGCAAGAAACCAGGAAGUCUGCAUUGGUGAAUACUUCUAAAAUCUGUUACAGUUACUCCAUUUUGUUGACUUUGUAGUGACUUUAUAUACAUUAUAAAGGGUUAUCACUUUAGUGGUAAAAGUCAUGUUUUUUGUUUUUGUGCUGGGGGCCUCAGUCCAACACUCAGCUUCUGACAAAGACAUUGGAAGAUGGGUUCUGGGGGAAAACGCUCUGGGUCUCAUAUUUAAAACACACCUUAUGUGAACCCUACUUUAACUUCACUAAUCUGCAUUCAUAAUAAAUGAAGGUCACAUAUUAACCGCUCAGAACCUCGUUUCAAGAAUCCAGAACCAUCAGAUUAAGGUAUUUUAAAAAACCUUAAUGUUUAUAAACAAACUAUUUGGUUUCCUGUAUUGUUUAGAGCAUAAAAAGUAACUGAGGUUGGCGUAAGUUUUCAGAAGGGAUUUCUGAUACAGAAAUGAAAUUUAUUACCUAGUGACUGUAGCAAAACUUGACAUCAUCUCAUUUCCUGUCAUUGUUUAAAGUGUGUUCUAUGCAGCAGAGAGGGAGCUGGAGAAACUAAUCAAGAAGGGAAAAAACAGUCAUGAUCACACAUGCACACAGUUGAGGGUAGAGGUCUUUUGUAUUCACGGCACCAAAGAGAGAAGCAGAGUGGACAGAUGAAGAGGGGGUCUAAGGUUAAGACCAUAUGUUCCACUCCUACUUGGAUUUCUGUGUUUUUACAUGAUAAUAACACAGUUAAUAUGUGUUUUAAGGGUUUUAUAAUUAAACUGGAUGUUUGUUUUUCUCCUGAACCAUUUCGUUUCUGAAAUGCACAUCUCUCUUGUGAAUCUAGUACAUUUUUAAACAGUUUUUCUUUAUCGUACAGUUGAAUUUAUAGUCUGAGACAUUUCAAAUGGUAACUCCACAUUCCUGUACAACUCCUAUAUACUACAGCUGUUGUAGCGCUUUAGGACUUGCUAUUUCCCACCAUUGUGUUCCGUGGAUGAUGUUCUUCAAGUAUUUAUGCUGAAAUGUUAAAUAUUAAUCAUCUGAAACACAUCCGUUCAGUUGUGUUGGCUGAGAGUCAGACGGCCACCUAAAUAACACUCCAAAUAUCAGAUUCUGAUUUUAAAAUGAAGUUCAGAUUGUGUUUCCCCAAACCUGUUUAUUGUGGGGGGUUUUUUUGUUGCUUUUUCUCUAAAUCUAUAGUGGUUCAUUUCCGGGUGAAGACGAGGUCUGAGAUUUUCCACCACACUAUAGCACAAUAUAAAACAUCUUUUGGUGCUCUGAGGGUGCAGGCAGGUCUAUACACUACAAAGUUCAAGUAAUGCAAUACGAACCGCAAUCUGCCGUCUCUCAGCCCUCUGAGGUUUAUUUAUUAAUGUGAUUGAUUGCUGUAGGCUGAGAUGAUGAAAAGGUUAUUUACUUUGGAUGAUUGUAAACUGACUGAAGGGUGUCUGAAACUUUAUAGCUUUUAUUGCCUAUAAAGGGGGACAAUUUGACAUUUUAUAUUUCUUGUUUAGAUUGUAAUAUGAUAGCUAUAUUCUCUCCAUGAUGUUUUUGGCUCUUCCAUUGUUUUUCUACAUGAAUGUUCCAAAUGGCUUACGAGCCAGUGUUGCUGGUCAUUCUAUAUGCUUCAAUUACUAUAUUUUUACGGUGUAUAAAUGUGUAUAUGUACAUAUAAGUCACGGAAAUGCCUUCUCGUACAACAUGAACUGCCUGUUCCUCCUGCCAUCUUUCAGUUACAGUAUGUGGUGGUGUUUUUAUGUCUGAUUUAAAGGAUUAAACAUAUUUUCUAAAUCUGUA